AUGGACGGCCUCGACGAAUUUGAAAAGGCUCUAGCAGCUGAGAAGGGAGAGAAGGAGCGCAUUGAACGCGAAAAAGAAGAACGCAGGCAAAGGAAGAAGCAGCGCGGUCACCAUCACCACCACCACCACCGCGAUCGGUCUUCUGAUAGACACCGAGAACGCGAUCGCGUUACAAAUCGCAGUCGAGAUGGUAAGCGCGACCGCGACCGAGACAAUGACAGAGAUCGACAUCAUCGAUCUCGGCGCCACGAAGAAAAUGAUGAGGACGGCCACCGACAUAAACGGUCUCGCCAUGUAAAGGACGACGACGAGCGACGAUCGAGACAUGGGCACAGAGAAAGAGACGACGAGCGCCGGGCUGAAACCCACGAGAAGACAUCAGAUCCAAAAGAGGACUUGCCGAUCCCUGAUGAAGAAACUCCUCCGGACCCAACAGCUCCAGUGACAUCGUUGGUGCGCGAUUCUUGGAUGACUGCGCCGUCGGCCCUCGACAUCGACUAUGUUCAGCGGAAGCAGAAGGAGGUCAAGCCACCGCCAAAAGAAGAGCCGCCGAGAGUCGUCCACGACAGGGAAAUCAACAGAGAUUUUUCUCAAGUAGACAAUAUCCCGACAUCGAGUGAGAAGAUCACGACAAGAGACCGGGCCGUGAACUAUACAUUCGGAGACAACGGCUCUCAGUGGCGCCUAACGAAGCUCAAGGGUGUUUACUCUAUGGCUGAAGACUCAGGCCGUUCUGUUGAAGAGGUGGCUCUUGAGAGAUUUGGCGACCUGCAAGAGUUCGACGAAGCGAGAGAAGAAAAGGUUGAAAUGGACAGGCGUAAUGUGUAUGGGAAUGGUUAUGUAGGCAAGGAAAAGCCUACAGGGGAUUUAUAUCGUGAGCGCAUGGGAAAACAGCGUCACGAGGAGGCACCCGCCGCACGAGACGACACCCACGAGGUGGAACAGGGCAUCAUCAUUCCCGACAACGCCAUGCAGCAUACCCCCAUGGAUCAGACCGCCUUGAACAGACUGCGAGCUCAGAUGAUGAAGGCGAAGCUGCGUAGGGCACAAGAUGCUGCUAAGUUGGAAGCCGAAUAUAAUCAGGCGGCAGCGAAUUUUGCCACUAAUGGGCCGCAGUCUGUUGUUCUCGGUGUCAUGGAUAACCGCAUGCUGGCAGGAACUCGUGGUGAAGCCAAGGCCAUUGAAAACAAGCGUGGGCGAGAACGCGGCAACGUGGAAGCCAACGAGGACAUGUCUAUUGAAGACAUGGUUCGCGAGGAGCGCAGGACACGCGGUCAAGCUGGCGGCGAAGGCAUGCGGCUUGCCGAGCGUAUCGCCAAGGACGGCAAGUUUGAUAACGACCUCGAUUAUAUGGAUGAGAAUGCAGAAAAACUUGCCAAGCGAGUUCACAAGUCUGAGGUCAACCUCAAGAACGUGGCCGUCAACGAGUACCAGAAGGUGUCGCGGAUACUAGACAGUUGCCCGCUGUGCCACCACGAGGACAAGGGGCUGCCUCCUCUGGCACCGGUUAUCUCUCUUGCCACCCGCGUCUUCCUGACGCUGCCUACGGAGCCCGAAGUCAGCGAAGGCGGCGCUGUCAUCACACCCAUGGCGCAUCGCAAGAACCUGCUGGAGUGUGACGACGACGAAUGGGAAGAGAUUCGUAAUUUUAUGAAGUCUCUGACAAGAAUGUAUCAUGAGAAGGGCCAAGAAGUGAUUUUCUACGAGAACGCCGCCGCGCCGCAGAGGCACCUUCACGCGGCUAUGAUGGCCGUGCCAAUUCCGUACGAAGAGGGCGCAACUGCUCCGGCAUAUUUCAAAGAGGCCUUCCUCACCACCGAAGAUGAGUGGUCGCAGCACCGGAAGAUCAUUGACACGGCCGCCAAGGCAAGAGAUGGAAUGGGCAGGAUGGCUUUCCGGAGGAGUAUCGCAAAGGAGAUGCCAUACUUUCACGCGUGGUUCACACUCGACGGCGGCCUCGGCCACAUUGUCGAGAACUCUGACCGCUGGCCGAGAGGAGACCUGUUUGCAAGGGAGAUUAUCGGGGGCAUCCUGGACGUCGGCCCGGAUGUGAUCAAGAAACAGGGACGGUGGAACAAGGGCGACAGAAGAGUCGAGGGUUUCAAGAUGAAGUGGAGGAAAUUCGACUGGACCCGUGUCCUGGCCGAUGGCUAA